ACCAUUCCUCCUGCAUGCAGGAAAACAACAACAAAGGUGUAAUGGAGAACCUUUGAUUGGCUCUCGCAGGAGCCAAUCGGAAUGCAGGGAAUGUGACCCGCGGAAGAGGCGAGAUUCAUUGUGUCGCACAGAGAGUCAAGGUUCUUUUGUGGGACUGCACUCAGGCAAACAUGGCGGUGACCAACUUCCACUACAUCACCCGCAUGAGCAGCGGCUUCAAAGUCUACAUUCUAGAAGGUCAGCCUCACCUGAGAAGUGAAGACCGAUACAGGCAUAUGACGAAUGAGCGGGCUCGAACCCCGGCAGUCUAUCCCAUCAAACGCAAGCGCAGCCAUGAAAGAUGCCUAACGCUGGAGGAAAGGCGGGAGCGGGUGCUGAGCAGAAGCAAUGGCAAAGCCGCCCAGAGAUUGGCACCGGCGGCGUUAAUUAGCCCUCAGAGUCCAACGUCGACUUGGAGCCCGUCACCCAGUCCCACCAGUCCUUAUGCGUACUACGCCCCCGUCAUGGAUGAACCUCUUGCCCUCAUCAAGAAGCCAAGAAAGGAUUCUGAGAGCGCAGAGGACAAGACUAAAAACACACCCUGCACCAGUCAGAUCCAGAUGCGUCCUUCCGUGAUCACGUGUGCGUCCUCGCUGAGGAACCCGGCCUGCAGAUCUGAAGUCCACCAGAGCGAGUCACCAGUGAUCUCCAAAUGCAACUACGAUCAUGUGGUGGAGGAACAUUUCCAGAGGAGCCUGGGAGCAAAUUACCAGAAGGCUCACGCCCAGCAGCUCUCCAUCAGCGUGUCGGUCGAUGACCACUUCGCCAAGGCCUUGGGAGAUAAGUGGCUGCAGAUUAAGUCCAAGUCUUCCUCCUGCUCAUCCACACCCCCCAGCAGUCCGAGCACUACUCACUCCCCGGCCUUUAGGCCAAGCCCACAUCCAUCCCAUCAAGAAGCCACAAGCAACCCGUCGCCGACCUCCAGCCAUUGACUUUCCUCAUUUCACUUGUUGGGCAAAUAAAGACUUUCUAGGGGUGAUGUCCAAUUGGCCCGCUGUGUGUCUUCACAGAUGCAGACAAUUGUAGCAUCAACUGGGAUCAUCUUGUCUUGUUACAUUUCUUUCUUCAGCUUACAGAUAUCGAAAUUAGAUGCUGGUAGAAUUGAAGAAGUGGCCAAAUAUUCCUUCACAUUUCCCUCUGGCAUUUCAUUGUAUGGUAUUUAUAUUAAUGUCCUUUAUGGUUUACCUGGCAGGCCUAUAUUUGAUGUACAUUAUUGCAAAGGCCUUGAAAGGUUUUGAAAAGUUUGGAGAGAAAUAAACAUGUAAAACGAUGCGAUUCUU